AGUCAUUCUCGUUUUCAAAAUGGUUUAUUGUGCUCUAUAUUUAUUAACUUUUUUGGUUACCGCCGUUUUUUCCCAACAAGAUCGUCCGUGUUAUCAACACUUAACUGAAGACAUCACAAACGGACAGCGUUUACCAAGCGGUGCUAUACUAAAGAACAACGUUAGGUAUGAUAGUGACAAUUAUUACAUAGACAAUGACAGGAUUUGGGGUUGUAUAUGCAAUAUAAAAAGUUGCGUUCGAUAUUGUUGUGAUGUCGAUGAAGUUUACGUGAAUGAAACAUGCAGAAAGGAAAAAACUCACAGCGAACUAAACAUUAGUGUAUACCAAGGAACAAAGAGGUUGCGCGAUUUUUCCUUACGCGAGUUUUCUCUGAUUAAAAGUUUGACGUGUCCUAAACUUCACGCACGUAUUUCAGCAGGGGAAAGUGACCUCAUUUAUAUACAGGAAAAUGGGUUGUUGUAUUAUGUGUCUGGUGAAUAUAAAGCUAUGUACGAUCCUGGAUAUUACUGCUUAACGAGAAAGGCAGACAACACUUUGCUGACUAUUCUGUGUGAAUCAUAUGAAGAUGAAGGAACAACGACAACGUAUGCAAUAGGCAUGAUUACAUCUUUGCCGUUUUUGGUAAUGUCAUUCGUAGUCUUUGCAAUUAUACCCAAGUCAAAUCUUUAUAAGAAAGCUUUAAUGGGUUAUGUCUUGACAUUAUUCUUUGCCUAUACAUUUCUGCUAAUAGUACAACUUUUUCCUGGGAAGAUCGAUGAAAAUUUUGUAUGUCCUGCGCUAGGUUAUUUGAUAAUAUUUUUCUUCAUGUCAUCGUUCUUUUGGAUGAACGUUGUAUGUCUAGAUAUAUGGUUUGCGUUUAGAGAUAUGAGUGACUUUAAUGGUAGAAAACUUGCAGAGAGAAAAGGAUUUUUAAUGUAUUUUGCCUAUGCUGUAGGUGUUCCAUCUUUGCACUUUCUAGUUAUAUUUUUAAUAAAUACAUUCGGCGCCAGCGAUUCUUUUUAUUUCCCAGGAGUUGGAUAUGAGAAAUGUUUCUUGAGAGAUGGUUGUCCAAAUUUGUUGUACUUCUACGGACCGAUAGUGAUUGUGGUUACUGUAAAUGUCACAUUAUUCAUUUUGACUGCUGUAAGGAUCCAACGAGUUGUAAAGGAGACUUCCAUACUGAGACAAUACGAUAGCAAACGACACUUUUAUAAAGGUGAUCAACAAAAGUUCAACCUGUAUGUGACAAUGUUAUUCGUCGUGGGUAUUCAUUGGAUCAUGGAAAUAAUAACGUGGGCAAUUGACUGGUACGCGAAAAGUAUUCCUUCGUAUGUCUGGUAUUUAACGGAUUUCAGCAAUAUAAUGUACACACUCAUUUUCUUCAUAUUCUUCUUCAAGCAGAAUAUCUGGCGGUUCCUUAGGAAACGGUAUAACAAAUUCAUUGAAAAAAAUCCCAAACAACUCGGUCCAGUAACUACUCCACCACAGAAACUGGCCUCAACGACCACCGUUGAAGUGAACUCAACAAAGGAAGAGGAGAGAAAAGAAUGUUGCCUCAAAAUUAAAAUGUGUUUUACUCAGCCAUCUUGUAUACCAAAAAAAGUAAAGAUGUUGAAUGUAGCGGAUAUACCGAUUACACUCGACUAUCGUCCAAAUCCAAACCAUCAUGGUUACAAUAGAGCUGUAAAUAUGAAAGUACUGUUAGCGUUGAGUUUUGCGGUUUUAAAUAUCGCGAGUGAUAAUAGUGCUGCGGAAGACGUAAUAGACCUGUGCAGUAAUUUUUCCAACUAUGAAAGUUACACGAAGAACAUCACACAAAACUGUGGCUGUGAAAAAACGAGACCUUGCAUCAGGAAGUGCUGCCAGAAAGGUUUUUAUUUACAACACUACGAAGAUGCGUUCGAAAACGUGUUCGAGAGCGUUUGUAUCAAGAAGGAAUCUCAUUCUUUCAACGUGCCCAUAUGUAGCAGACGCGAAAAUAUUUAUAAUUUGACCGUAGAGGAUAAUUUCAUGAUUGGUAUGCUGGACUGUAAGAACGACGAUUGGCAGUAUUUCAAAAUAAACAACAGUGACAUAACAGAAAGGGUAUAUAUACAGGAGAAUGGCAGUUUGUAUUAUCCUGCUUCCCGAUAUAAAAUCUAUGACAGCAGCAGGUAUUGUGUUGAUGAGGAGGAUGGUCUGACGGUUUUUUUGUGUUACACGAACACAAAACCGAGCGUAUAUGUCUCGAGAAUAGUUAACUCUGUAGGUAUGAUAAUAUCGAUGCCAUUCCUCGUCCUUACGUUCUUAGUUUUUGCUAUGGUGCCAAAUGCCAGUGUCCAUCGAAAAGUGAUAAUGUUCUACUCUUUGAGUUUAUUUUUGGCUUACGUGUUCCUAGUUAUAGUCCAACUAUACCCGGGCUAUAUCGAGCCUGUUCCAUGCCAAACUAUAGGCUACUCCAUCAUAUUCUUCUUCAUGGCUUCAAUCUUUUGGAUGAACAUUAUGUGUUUCGAUACAUGGUUUGCCUUUGGGGGUUUAGCAAAUUUUACCAGAGAAACGAAAUCGGAGAGGAGACGUUUCAUAAUUUAUUUUAUAUACGCCUGGGGAUUACCCCUUAUUCACGUAUUUUUGGUUUUUAUAUUUAACACGUUUGGUGACCCGAAUUCGCCGUACUAUCCGGGAGUUGGAAGAAGUAAAUGUUUCUUGGAAGAUGGUCUACGAUCAACUUUUGCGUAUUUUUAUGGGCCAAUAACAGUUAUUAUAGGCCUGAACAUUAUUUUGUUUAUAUUGACAGCUAUAAAGAUACAUAAAAUAAAAAAAGACACGAUAGGUUUUCAACAUUGUACAAAAAGGAGCUCGUAUGAAUACGACAAACAAAAGUUCCACUUAUAUUUGAAACUACUUUUGGCAAUGGGUAUUAACUGGAGCUUGGAGAUCGUAUCGUGGGCAGUAGAAAUGAGACAAGCAGAAAGAGAUCCGCAUGCUGACACUUUCUUCAUUUGGUACAUAUCCGACUUUUGCAAUGCCAUUUAUGGUCUUAUAAUAUUUUUAAUAUUCGUCUAUAGGAAGGAAGUAUGGAGGUCAUUCAAGAAGAGGGUAGUUAUAUUGGCAGCCCCUUGCUGUAACAAAUCUUACGAAGUGGAAAAACUGAAAAAAUCCCAAGAAGAUGGUACUACAUCUGUAACUGACGGCAGGGACAUAUAUUUUUAAAAAUCAUAUUUAUAA